AUGGAAGAAGAAUAAAAACAAUAGAAUUAUAGUGAUUUGGUGAAUCAAGAAAUAUAGCAAAAUAAACCUAUUAAAUGGGAAGUGGACAACAUGCCUCAAACAAAGGUUGGACAAAUGAAAAAGGAAGCAAUCUAUAUAUUUUGGUUUGAAUUCAUAGGAACAUUCAUGCUCACUUUCUGCAUCUAUGCCAGCAAGUAUUCAUGUACUAAUAAAACUAAGUAACAAUCCCUUUGUUUUUGCUUGUGCCUAUGGAAUGUUAAUCUUGGUGGCUUAAAACUAAAAAUGCACAUUCAAUCCUGCAAUCACAACUGUGUUAUCAGGAAACGAUAAAGGAUUGUGGGUGUCAGUGGCUAUAGGAAGUUAAUUUGGAGGAGCCUUUAUGGCAAGUUUAUUUGGCUUUCUGUGCUUUAAGAAUUAGUAAAAUAUUAUAGUCUACAAACAAUAGUGUGAAUGAUGUUCCAUAUAUAUCUUAGACCAAUAUCGAAGAAUACUUCGCAGUAAUCAUUGGAGAAAUAUUGGGUUCACUUAUACUCUGUGCAGGAUUCCUAUUUUAAUAUGACGACUUAAUGGAUUUUUCAUCAGACAGAUUAGAACAUAGCAUAAUAAUCAGUGCUUUAUACGGUGUCGGAAGAACACUUAGUUAUGUUGCUAAGAGCAGUUUGAAUCCAGCAAUUGCAUUUGGGUAAGUGAUAUAUAUAACAGAUGAUUAGUUUAGUAUUCUUUGAGUGUUGUAAGGAUGGACAUUGGGGAAGAUUUUGGAAUUUGUGGAUAUAUUCGAUUCUGCCUUUCGUUGGAGCAUUCUUCUCUUUGGCAUUAAUCAGAGUGAUUUAUAGGGAUUGCUAUGAAAAAUAAAUAUAAGCUGGUUUAAGACAAUGAAU